AAAUCUUACUUUUAACAAUGUAAAGAAUGAAUUCGACUUGAAUUGAUGCAAAUUGAGGUGUUUAGCGUCCCUUUGAAGAUAAUAACAUCACGUUGUGUAUCAAAACAAAAGCAUUUUGGAGGAAAUUGUAGGCAUUUCGCUGCUACAGAAGGCUAACAAAUUUACUAUUAAAUUAAGUCAAACAAUAUAUAUUAUUCAUUCAUCAGAAAGGACGAGAAAGCGUUUAAAAGACUCGAAAAAACAAAUUGAAUAUUAUGCGAACUUUUUCUUUUUACAAGCUUAAAAUAUUGAAAAUCAUUCUCCGCAUAAUUAAAAGUUUGAAUGCAUUUUGAAAAUGGUCAGUAGUGCAGUAAAUAUGGUUAGAAACAAAUACAGAUUUACUAAGUGAAGUCAACAAUGCACCAUUAAUCAGGACUUUCGUGAUUUCUACAGGCUUUUUCUCGUAUCCGUGGACCUCUGGGUAUAUCAUAGCCCGCUAUGGAUGAUAGGGAGCUUUGCGACCAGGCAAUCAGUCUAAAAGACCAAGAAGAAACUCCAGCCGGUACAGAACAACAAAAUGAAUGUGGUCACAAUGAUGCUGUCGAUGAGGUGAUGAUGCCACGUGAACAAAGCACAGGACAGCGCGCCAUUCCGAGGUACUCAUCGGUGCUUGCAGAAUACCCGUAUACAGUGUUCUUUGUGACAUCCUUGUUGAUUGUGAUUUGUAGCCUUUGUUCCUUUGUCCCACAGUUUAAUGCCCCUGAUAUUCCAGAGUUUUCAACUCCAGUGAAGGGAUUCGAGCCUCGUGGAACACUUAUUAACAAAAGAUAUCGAGCAGGAGUUGUGCUUGGCAAAGCGGCAAAUAGCGGCUUCGUUAGAAUAACUCCAAUACCAAAUGUGACUGUUAACACUGUAAUCAACAUGUCUUCUCUUUAUGAACACCUGACCACAACUAAAUCAAGACAAAGGAGAGAGGAAAACCACCGUCACCUCAAGAAUAGAUACCGUCUUUCAAUGUGUGAUAGUCCGAAUGUUUUUAUGAAAAGUACCAUUAAUUACAAAAUGGUAUUUUCCUCAGUAAGUUCAGGUGGGAAUUUGUUCAAUUCUGCCAGUUUAAGGGCUGUGUGCCAAAUUGAAGAGAGAGUCGUGAGAAAGACAACGGGUUUUUACUCAAACUGCUUUAAAAGGGAACUCCACUACAGAACUUUCACGUUAAGAGAGUGUUGUCCCAGUUGGUCUGUUGGUAAUUAUAUUGCAGCUCUCUCAGGAAGAUCGUCUUGUCAAGAUAUAUCUUCAAUGGAUGUAGAACAAGUUUUAGCAAUUUUACGACACUGUGCACCACUUUUCAACAACGCGACGAUCAAAGAAAACUGUUGGAACUUUAAAUACAAUAUUGCCUAUCCAAUCUGUCUAGGACUUCCAUUAGAGUGUGUGAGAUAUAACGCGGUACACAAUAUUCUAUACUACCUGACAGACAAAGACUUUUUCGCCGCCGAAGGAGAAAAUUUGAUUUAUACAUCAGUUCUGAGCCCUGCAAUAAAUGAUAAAGAGUUCAGAAAGAAGUUGUACGAGAAACAUAUCAAAAAGGGACACUUGUCUGACGGAAACGUUGAGUUAGUGGCAGCAGAAAUUCACUUUUUGAAAUUCGACAUUUUCAACAUCAUGCUAUUGGCGGACAUAAUUUAUCCAUCUAUAGCCAUGUUAAUCAUUUUACUCAUCAUGUGGUUUUACACGGAGUCUGUCUUCCUUACGGUCCUUUUGGUGCUUUCUGUAGUCAGUGCGCUGAUCAUUGCUUAUUUCCUCUACACGAUCGUGUUCGGUUUGAAAUUUUUUCCAUUUUUGAACAUCACAACUCUUAUUUUUCUAGUGGGAAUAGGAGCAGAUGAUGCGUUUGUCUUCACCGAUGUCUGGCGCCAAUCAAAACAGAAUAAUCCAGGCGCACCUCUGACACGAAUCACCGCUGACACCUUAAGACACGCUUCGUUAUCAAUGUUUGUGACAAGCCUUACGACAGCAGCUGCUUUUAUUGCCAAUUUUAGUUCUCGAAUAACAACUAUCAAAUGUUUUGGUAUUUAUGCUGGUAUUGCCAUCCUUUGUAAGUUUAUUUUGAUGGUCACGUGGUUUCCUGCUAUUUGCGUCAUCAAAGAAAAUGUGCAGAUUCCAUGGCCAUGCGCAAAGAAGUCCUCGCUCCAUAAAAUAAAACUUUUAUAUCAGAAUUAAGUGGCUAAAUCCGUGCACUUUGUGUUUAAUGAUUUUCUUCCGAGAGUGGUCAUAAAAUUCCGCAUUUUCUGGAUUUUUUUGUUUUUAGUUCUUUCAUUGGGUGGGUUGGAAGUUCUUCUUUUCAAGCCUGGAUUCCAUCUGCCCACAUCAUCCGAUUUUCAGAUGUUUGAAUCAUCACAUCCCCUUGAGGCCUACGAACUCCAUUUCAAAGACAGAUUCCGCUUCGAGACAAGUUCUUCGCAAGGUAGUGCAACUUUUCCCAUCGACUUUUUCUGGGGAAUUAAAGCGGUCGACAACGGAGACUACAUGAAUCCCAACGACUAUGGUACAAUUGAGUGGGAUGAAUCUUUCGACAUAACUAGUAGUGAAUCUCAAGCGUGGCUGAUGAGUUUCUGUAGAAAGCUGCGCAACCAAGACUUCUAUGGAAAGAAAGGUGGUGUAACAAGCUACUGUUUCCUGGAAACGUUUUACAAUCAAAGCUGUACAGAUUCGCUGACACCAGGAAUCUCCUAUUACCCUUGCUGCAAAGGUUCGCCAUUUCCAUUUAAUAAAACCGUUCUGAACCUUUGCGCCACGAUAGCAGAUGUCCGCGCUCGGAUAUUUAAGUAUAAGAGACAAGAUUCCACAAUUGGAAACCUCAUCUACGACGAGCGCGGCAAUCUUAGAGGCAUUCACUUGCGUGUUAUGAGUAAUGUGAGAAUUUCUCGUGCAUAUGAGCCCGCGCACCAAUUUUGGGAGCGCACUGAAUCGUGGGUAAUGAAGGAAAUACGAAAUGCACCAGAAGGCAUGCGCGGAGGCUGGUGGAUAAGCGGCAUGGAGUUUUACGACCUGCAGAGGAGCCUUUCUACCGGGACUUUAGUUUCUAUGGCAAUUGCCAUCGCCAUGGCGUUUGGCGUGAUGUUAUUGACCACGCUAAACAUUCUAGUAAGCGUAUACGCCAUCCUUACGAUAAUUGGCAUAAUCUCUGUCACUAUUGGCUCCUUGGUCCUCAGCGGGUGGAAACUUAACAUCCUGGAGUCCAUAACUAUGUCUGUUGCUGUUGGUGUAUCCAUUGAUUUUGCAAUGCAUUUUGGGGUAGCUUACUGCCUGGCACCAAAUAAGGAAUGUAGGAAGGCACGUGUGCAGUUUUCGCUGUCCCGGAUGGGAUCUGCAAUCACCAUGGCUGCUGUUACAACUUUUAUCGCAGGUGCAAUGAUGCUGCCAUCCAGAGUUCUAUCCUAUCUACAGAUGGGACAUUUCCUAAUGCUAGUGAUGACUCUGGGAUGGGCCUUUUCGACUUUCUUCUUUCAAGCUCUUUGCUGCACGAUAGGACCACAAGGGGACUGGGGGCAGUUUAAAUGGAGUGACAUUUUUUCCUGGUGCAAUAUGAAGACUUCAGAAGAGGCACCAACAAAAGAAGAAACCGUGUUGCUAAAGGAUCACUGUGAAGCUGACGAAAAUGAGAACAAAAAUGGCACAGGAGAAAGUGGAACUGUAGUCAAUAGUACGCAAAUUAAGGCUUCUGAAGAGACUACAGUUUAAUUCAGGAUGACGCUUUUCU